GUGCUUGCGCAGGUCCAGGGGCCGAAGGGAGGCGGAGGCGCCGCGGUGCAAGUGUUGAAGUCUCCAUGUGACAGUAAACGGGGUCCCAGGUCCCUGUGCUGCUCCACUCUUGAGUCUUAUCUCGCAGCACUGUCCACUCUCCGGCGCCAACGGUAAUCGGCAGGCUGGGGUCAUUGCGUGUUUGGCCGUGCCAUCACCGAACUUGGGGCGCAGAGUGAAUUGCCGCCGCCGGAGCGUGUGCCCGAGGGACCUGGCAGAGAGAGGCGGAGCGGCGAGACUAGCGGGGAUUUCUGUCGGCGCCGGCGCCUCGGAGCGCGGAGACAUGAACGGCUUCACGCCUGAGGAGAUGAGCCGCGGUGGGGACGCAGCCGCCGCGGUGGCCGCCGUGGUCGCUGCAGCGGCCGCCGCCGCCUCGGCUGGAAACGGGAACGGGGCGAGCGCCGGGGCUGAGGUGCCCGGAGGCGGCGCGGUCUCCGCGGCUGGGCCCCCGGGAGCCGCUGGCCCGGGCCCCGGGCAACUCUGCUGUUUGCGGGAGGACGGCGAGCGGUGCGGCCGGGCGGCGGGCAACGCCAGCUUCAGCAAGAGGAUCCAGAAGAGCAUCUCCCAGAAGAAGGUGAAGAUCGAGCUGGAUAAGAGCGCAAGGCAUCUUUACAUUUGUGAUUAUCAUAAAAAUUUAAUUCAGAGUGUUCGAAACAGAAGAAAGAGAAAAGGCAGUGAUGAUGAUGGAGGUGAUUCACCUGUUCAAGAUAUUGACACGCCAGAGGUUGAUUUAUACCAAUUACAAGUAAAUACACUUAGGAGAUACAAAAGACACUUCAAGCUACCAACCAGACCAGGACUUAAUAAAGCACAGCUUGUUGAGAUAGUUGGUUGCCACUUUAGAUCUAUUCCAGUGAAUGAAAAAGACACCUUAACAUAUUUCAUCUACUCAGUGAAGAAUGACAAGAACAAAUCAGAUCUCAAGGUUGAUAGUGGUGUUCACUAGGAGAGAUGGAAUUGAGAGUAAUAAUUGGAUGUUCAGAUGUUCAGACUGUUGACUGCUUUUUCACAUGUAGAAAUGUUCCUUGUGUAUUUUUUCUACAGAGGGAUUUUCUCUGGUUUUAUUUUCUUUGUUUCUAACUCUAAUAAUUAGUUGGAAACUCAUGUAAAAUGAGCUUUCCUCGAUUAAAAAUAUUUUAAAU